UUUCAGAUGUAGAUCUCAUUUUCCUAGAAAUGCCCUUGCUAUGGCACGUUUUGCCCUGCUGAUUAUUUCCCUUGCUUCGAUAAUUAUAUACAAGAGAAGCCCAGAAUGAUGAAGAGCUCGCCGCCAGAUCGAAGGGGUCAUCUUUAUCAGUUUGCUUUGGUUUUUUCAAAUCUCUGUUUAAUUGAGGUCGAGUUCCCUUGAAUGCUUCACGAAAUUGAGAUGAAGGGUUGGGCUUUCUCCAGAAGGAUAGUGUAUUCUUUGCUUAAUCAAAUUGGCGCCCACCGUGGGGCAUCGUGCAAGAAAGAGUUCAAACAUGGAAAGAACAAAUCAGUUGUUGAUCCAAUUCCAUCAACAAUUGGAGACGGUCCGAGAAGAGAUUCGGCGUGAGAUGGCGGAGAGGAUGGCCCUUCUUCAAUGGGAGAAUGAUGUACUCCGGUCCCAGGUACAAUCCGCAGUGUCAAUAGCAUCGAAUUCAAGGCCCAACCGGAGGACUGACCUUAUGAAUGCUGCCACAAGGUUGGAUCUCGACGUCUCCCCGCCAUCCAUUUUUCAUUCAUACUUCUUCGGAUUUUCGUCUAUAUUUUCGGUUCGGAUUGACCGGGUAUCCGCAGAUGCGGGUGAUAUAGCCAACCCUACAAAUGAAGAAGGAUCCAGCCCAGCGAAAUCAAGGAUUAAUGGACCGUUUAGAAGAGAUAAGCACAAUUCGAAACUUGGAGCAAAAGAAUAGCCAAACACGUUCUUAAGUCCCUGCUAUUUCGGUGGGUUGUUAGUUGGUGGAUUAGGAUGAAAAAUCAUUAUUUAAAUAAAGCUGUUGUAAACGAAGCAUUCAUUCAAUUGAAAAAACAAGAGACUACUCAUUCGAACUGCUAGUAUCUUCAUUCUCAAAUUCUAAGCAAUUUGUGUUUAUAUUCAUUAAUAAUUGUAAGGCAAAGUGUAUUUAUAUUAGUUUUUACAGCUUCUUGCACGGAGCCUCACAUUCAUUCAAUUGUUUAGAAGGAUAGUUUAUUCUUUGCUUAAACAAAUUGGUGCCCACCGUGGGGCAUCGUGCAAGAAAGAGUUCAAACAUGGAAGGAACAAAUAAUUUGUUGAUCGAAUUCCAUCAACAAUUGGAGACGGUUCGAGAAGAGAUUCGGCGUGAGAUGGCGGAGAGGAUGGCCUUUCUUCAACGGGAGAAUGAUGUACUCCGGUCCCAGGUACAAUCCGAAGUGUCAAUAGCAUCGACUUCAAGGCCCAACCGGAGGACUGGCCUUAUGAAUGCUGCCACAAGGUUGGAUCUCGGCGUCUCUCCGCCAUCCAUUUUUCAUUCAUACUUAUUCGGGUUUUCGUCUUUAUUUUCGGUUCGGAUUGACCGGGUAUCCGUAGAUGCGGGUGAUAUAGCCAGCCCUACAAAGGAAGAAGGAUCCAUCCCAGCGAAAUCAAGGAUUAAUGGACCGUUUAGAAGAGAUGAGCACAAUUCGAAACUUGGAGCAAAAGAAUAGCCAAGCACAUUCUUAAGUCCCUGCUAUUUCGGUGGGUGGUUAGUUGGUGGAUUAGGAUGAAAAAUCAUUAUUUAAAUAAAGUUGUUGUAAACGAAGCAUUCAUUCAAUUGAAAAAACAAGAGACUACUCAUUCGAACUGCUAGUAUCUUCAUUCUCAAAUUCUAAGCAAUUUGUGUUUAUAUUCAUUAAUAAUUUUGAAGGCAAAGUUUAUUUAUAUUAGUUUUUACAGCUUCUUGCACGAAGUCUCACAUUCAUUCAAUUGUUUAGAAGGAUAGUUUAUUCUUUGCUUAAACAAAUUGGCACCCACCGUGGGGCAUCGUGCAAGAAAGAGUUCAAACAUGAAAGGAACAAAUCAGUUGUUGAUCGAAUUCCAUCAACAAUUGGAGACGGUCCGAGAAGAGAUUCGGCGUGAGAUAGCGGAGAGGAUGGCCCUUCUUCAACGGGAGAAUGAUAUACUCCGGUCCCAGGUACAAUCCGCAGUGUCAAUAGCAUCGAAUUCAAGGCCCAACCGGAGGACUGGCCUUAUGAAUGCUACCACAAGGUUGGAUCUCGGCGUCUCCCCGUCAUCCAUUUUUCAUUCAUACUUCUUCGGGUUUUCGUCUAUAUUUUCGGUUUGGAUUGACCGGGUAUCCGCAGAUGCGGGUGAUAUAGCCAGCCCUACAAAGGAAGAAGGAUCCAUCCCAGCGAAAUCAAGGAUUAAUGGACCGUUUAGAAGAGAUAAGCACAAUUCGAAACUUGGAGCAAAAGAAUAGCCAAGCACGUUCUUAAGUCCCUGCUAUUUCGGUGGGUGGUUAGUUGGUGGAUUAGGAUGAAAAAUCACAAUUUAAAUAAAGCUGUUGUAAACGAAGUUACUUACUUGUGAAACCAUCAACGAUUAACCAUCAGUUCGUUGAUCGUUUCUAGUAAUAAUUAAUAUAUGAAACAAAACUAG